CCGCCCCCCUCCUUGCCCCUUUAACACCAACAUGGCGCCGCUGCCUGUUCUCCUGGAGUCGGGGGCAGCGUCUGGUCCGGGGCCCCGUCAGAAAAUAACCGACAGAGUGAUUUAAAAAUAAAAUCCAUCAAAUUAAACCUGGGAAUAAUAUCCCCGGGCGGAGAGGGAGAGGAGCCGGCGUUAGAGGGAAAUGAUACAUAAAUCCUGGGCAGGAAAUAAUAAUUAAAGUUAUUAUUAAUGAUGAUAAUUAUAAUGUAAUUGUCGGGUGUUUUUUUUUAAAACAAAACAAGUAAAGUACGAUUGAGGAACAGGGGCUGGUGGGUGUUUUGGGGCUGGGCUCCUUUUAAUCAUCAUUUACAAGUCAGACAAACUAUUUAAGAAUUAAUUUGCAUAUUGUUUCCCCCCCCCUCCCAAAAAAAAGAAGAGAGAGAAGAUAAAUAGUGUAGUGCAGGGAGAGGGGAAGGGCUGUGUGAGGGUUGUGGUGAACAUUGUCCUUGGAGUUUCCCCUCCCUAAAGGCUGGAGAAGCAUUGAAAACAGCACUUGGAUUGUAAAAGUGACCUAGCAAAAUGGAUACUAGUAGGAUGGACGGUGAGCCUGAGGGAAGUGGACAACCUGCUGACUCCAUCUCCGUUUCCUCUAAACUAAAUGGUUUUACCUCUGAUUUAGAAGAUGAUGAGGAUGAGGGCUUCAACUGUGAUAACAGUGAUCUGGAAGUUAAUCCUUUUGAUGGGCUACCUUUUUCCUCACGAUACUAUGAGCUACUUAAACGGAGGAAAGCUCUACCAGUUUGGAGUAUCAAAUACCACUUCAUGGAAUGUCUCGUCAACAAUAAUUUGGUACUGGUUUCUGGCAAACUGGGAUGUGGCAAAAGUACUCAGAUUCCUCAGUGGUGUGCUGAAUAUGCCCUCUCUGUUCAGUAUCAGCAUGGCAUGGUAGUUUGUACACAACCCCACAGCCUUUCUGCUAUGUGUUUGGCACAGCGUGUGGCAGAUGAACUGGACUUGAAUGUGGGUCAUGAGAUUGGAUACCAUGUCCCUUAUGAAGACUGCUGCACGACAGAAACUAUUCUCAGGUACUGCACAGAUGAUAUCUUGCUCCGUGAAAUGAUGUCUGAUCCCUUGUUGCAUCAUUAUGGAGUUAUCAUUAUUGAUGAUGCUCAUGAGCGGACUGUGGCAACGGAUGUCCUGCUUGGUUUAUUGAAAGACCUGCCAAGGCAGAGGCCAGAACUGAAGAUUGUGGUCAUCACAGCGCCACAUCUGGAGAGCAGACUUGGGAGUUACUACGCUGGAGUGCCUUUUGUAAAAGUGGACGGUGCUGAGGAAGCUUCCUUUCCUGUGGAAGUUAUAUACAGAGAUGGCCAGUUUAAAGACUGUGUUUCAGCUGCUGCACAAACUGUACUGGAUAUUCACAGGAAGGGAGAAGAAGGCAAUAUUUUAGUCUUCUUGGCCAGUGAAAAGGAAAUAGCAGACUGCUGUCAAAUGAUACGGACAGAAGGGGGUGCUCUUGGGUCUCAGUUGGGUGAGCUCAUUCCCAUUCCCUUACAUUCAGGUGUCGGAAACAAUUUCCAAAGAAUUUAUGAAAAUUGCAAUCAGACUUACAAGAAUUACCGGAGGAAGGUUAUCAUCACAAACUCAAUAGCAGAUUCAUCAUUUAAUAUUGAUGUCACUUAUGUAAUAGAUUCUGGACUGGAACUGAAAAAUGUGUACAAUCCUCGCAUUCGGGCUGACUCUCAGGUCAUUCAGCCAAUUAGCAAGAGCCAGGCUGAGCUGAGGUGGCAGAGAAUAGGCCGCACCUGCCCAGGGAAAUGCUUCCGCUUGUACUCCGAAGCAUUCCACAAUGAGAUGCCAGAGGUUUCACCACCCCGAGUGUCUGAAACAAACCUCAGUCACCUUGUGCUUCUGCUGAAGAGGCUGGAUAUUGCAGAUAUGGGACAGUGUGACUUCUUGGACAGGCCAGCCCCAGAAGCACUGAUGCAGGCAUUGGAGGAUCUAGAUUAUUUGGCUGCUCUGGAUGAUGAUGGGAACUUGUCAGAAGUUGGAAUUAUUAUGUCUGAAUUUCCACUGGAUCCUCAACUUGCCAAAGCUCUUCUGGCAUCUUGUGAAUUUGAUUGUGUGAAUGAGAUGUUAACAAUUGCUGCAAUGGUAAUAGCAUCCCCAUGUUUUGUUGCACCACCCAAACACUUGGAGGAAGCUGCAGCCGUUCGCAGGAGAAUUCUUCUACAUCCUGAAGGUGAUCAUUUUACUCUCAUCAAUGUCUACAAUGCAUUCAAACAACAUAAUGAAGAUGAAACGUGGUGUCUGAAGAAUUAUCUGAGUUACUCUGCUCUGAAGCUAGCUGACGUCAUACGCUAUGAGUUGCUGGAAAUGAUGCAAAGGAUUGAAUUACCUAUAUCGCCAUCCAACUUCGGAAUGGAGGGAAACGUGCUUAACAUAAAGAGAGCUCUGAUCUCCGGCUACUUCCUUAAGGUAGCGAGAGAUGUGGAUGGCUCUGGGAAUUACCUGAUGCUCAAUCAUAAGCAUGUGGCUCACCUACAUCCUUUAUCAUGUUACCUCACCAGGAAGCCUCGGCCCCGACCUCCCUCUUGGGUUCUGUAUCAGGAUUUUACCAUUUUCCAAGACAACUGCAUUAGCGUUGUCUCAGAGAUUCACCCUGAAAUGCUGAUUGAGUUUGCACCACAAUACUACCUUAGCAACCUACCAGUCAGCGAGAGCCGUGACUUACUCAUGAAGCUUCGGGAGAAGCUGACUGGCAGAGAAACACAGCCAAACGAAGAGGCAGGCAAUACCUUAAACGAAGAUGAAGAUGCAGAAGAGAUUGAAAGUGAGGAGCUCUGCUUGCUUCAGUGAGGGGAAAGGAAGUCAGCAGCACCUGGGGGCAAGUGACCGAUGGCUGGUUGUUGAAUUUAUUCGCAAAUGACAUGGGAACCUGAUCAGCAUUUGAAUAAAAUCACUUCCUUCUCCAGAACAGGCAGAGGAGAAAACUGGGAGAAUUUUUUUUUCUGUGAAUUAUAAUCUGGAAUGCGCUGCCUGAAAGUGUGGUAGAAGCAGAUUCAACAGUAACUUGUAAAGUAAAUUAAUUUGUACUUGAAAAGGAAACAAAUGUGGGGUAUGAGCAGGGAAAUGAAACUAGUUAAAUAGCUCCUGCAAGGAGCAAAGGCAGUGGGCUGAAUGGCUGUCCCCUCUGCUGGAUAAAGUCAUUGAGGUGCACUCAAUAUCUGGGACUCCAGUGACUUCUCUUUAUUCAUUGUCCUUCAAAAUAGAAACUGAUGGGUGAUGCAGUGAGUUCGUAUGUAGUCAUUUCCCCUUCUGGAACUCCACUCACAUGCAAGUAAAGAAACUACAUGUAAUGCACAUAAGGUGAAUCGAAGUUGGCAAUUUCACUGUGAGAUUGUAACGCAAUUAACAAUAAUAUAUUGGGAUCGCUUCAUGGUGGCUGCUGUGGAGCUGUGUAGGUGCAAAAUACUGUGUCGGAGCAGGUACUAAACUGAGAUAGGUACUGAGGUAAAUACUUGGGGUAGUGUAGAGGCCACGUUUCUGUACAGCUCACAAUGCUGUACUUCACUCUGCUCCAGCGUGAGAUGCUAACAAUGGGAAACUAUUCCACUUCCCAAAACUUUCAUCUUGCUGUGAGCACAGAAAGGUAAAAUUGCUUUAAAAUGAGAAAGGUAAAACAGAGCCAAAUGUGAGUUUGUUUUUAAAAAGACUCCAUAAAUUCAUUUAAAAGAGUAUAUGCAAAGAUUAUUAUUUCAAGAUUAUGGGAAUUAAGCAAAUAAGGAUAGGUGGGUGAUGAUGUGAAAAAAAAUCAAGUUUGAUUUUCUGAAUGGCUUUUUUUCUGUGCGAUAAUAUUCCAUUACCCCAUUCUGUGUGCGCGUGUGUCUGUUUGUUAUCAUGUUUCAAAACUCUUAUCAGAAAGGCUGACCCCUGGCAUUUUGUACAAGAGUCGCAUAAAACUUGGACAAAAAUGAAACCACAAUACAGUAGUGUCUAUAGUGUGACGCACUAUUUGUCUUUUUAAAAACUCAGGCUCCGCAUUGAUCCUAUAGUUAAUGAUGAAUUAUAUUACAUGACUGGAAUAUAACUUUUCCCAUGCUGCUUUUAUAAAAAUUGAAUGUUGCUCUCACUGUCGCAGUCGCACUUUUCAAACACUUAAGCUCACUGAAAUGCUGAGCAAGAUGGGACCAGUUGUGGUGCAUCCUGACAAAAGUUAGGUGGAUUGGCCAUGCGAAAUUGUCCAUAGUGACAAGGGUGUGUAAGUUAGGUGGAUUAGCCAGGAGAAUAUAGGGUUAUGGAGAUGGGUCUGGGUGGGAUAGUGUUUGGAGGAACGGUGUGGACUGUAGGCUGAAUGGCCUCCUUUUCCUUAAUGUAGGGAUUCUGUGAUUCUAGGAUUCUAUGACUUAAUUAGGAGAAAA